UUUCAUUCUCUUUCAUCCUCUCAAUCCGCCUGUUCGCAGUCCAGCCAGUGCGAAAUCUCGUCCCCAAUUCAUUUCUACAGCGCAAUAGCAUAAUACACAAUGGUGUUGUCAUUCCUCGACGCCCUCGACACCCUUGACCGGGGAAUGCCCUCGGACCGGGCAUACUCGAAACCACAAAGCAGACCCGUCUCUCUUCCCUCGUCGCGCAACAACAGCAGCUCCUCUUUAUCUUCCCUCAGAUCUGAACCGGGAAAGUCUUCCAGUAAUGCCUCGUCCAAGCCAUCAGGUUUCAGCAAGCUGUUUGGAAAGGGCAAGAAGGAGAAGAAAGACACAGAUAAGAAGCAGAUCAUAACUUCGAAACACUCUUCCGCUGCAACAGUGGCUACAAGAAUGGCUCUUGAUAUAAAAUACAAGCAAGCGCACCCAGGUCUGGGCCUGCCUCCAAGACUGGUACCAACACAAAGCGUCCCGAACAUAACUCCCCAGGAGCUGGAGUUGCGAAAACCUCAUUCGGGUCCACCUGCCUUGAUUGCGCAAAUCGGCAGGACCGACAUGCCUGUCCUCACCAAGGUUAUCAGCGGUGACGAGGCUGACGAUCCUGACGAUUUCGAGCGUAUGAGGGAUGAGUGGAGGGAGAGAAAGAUCCCAGACGUGCAGCUGCUACAAAUCCUUGAAGGCAGAACGCCGCCUGCAAGUGCGCCUGGAAGUGCCAGUAAUUCUGGGACAACGACGCCACGGAAUGGGAUGGUCACGCCGCCACAGAUUCCUGCGUCCCACGUCAUCGAGCGAGAAGGCGUCAGAUUAUUGUCUGUUGAUGAUGCCCUUCUCAAGGAGAGACCCAAGCCAGUGCGACGGCAUACACCUAUUGGCGGCAGAUACAGAAGAGACGAGAAAGGAGUGUGGAAGAAAUGAGACCAGCAUUGAGAUAGACCAUCGAGGCAGAACCUCCCCUGUCAUUCUCACACAUUAAUCCUGGUUAUGGUCUUGGCCCAGCGAAGCAGGGCAUUCAAACGAAGCCGCUUCGAGGACCAUCAGGGCUUGUCUUCGGCCCGUAUCCGAAUUGCUUCAGACUUCGGGGUCGCUGUUCCGUCAUAGCAAAUGAAAGCGAGGACCCGAAAGUGCUCAGAUCUGCAUCGUGUCUGAAUACAAAGACAUUCAAAGCGCGCACCCCCAGUCCUUCCACAGACGCUGCAGAAGGUGCCCGUCACAACUGAGGUCCGUCACCCACUACCACCGGGCAAAAGUGGCAUGCGCUUGUUGAAGAAGACUUCGUCUAUGGUCAAGCAGACGCCACGACGAUUUAAU